AGCUGAACCCGGGCGUGUCUCGGUGGGCGGGCUCCAGUGCGGUGCUGAUGCUGUCUCUUCUAUUCCACGGUUGCAGGUGGAACGGCUGGGCUGGCUCAUUUCGCAUCUGCUAGCUGGAGAAGAAAAAACAGCAUUCUGAUCUGCUUCAUGCACUGGAUAACAAAAUAAGCGGCACAUCCAGGAAUAUUACACCGUUGAAGUCUGGAGAGUUAUCGGGAAGGAUUUCAGAAAGACACAAAUCCAUGACUGUGGGGACAAUGAGGGGACCCAGACCAGCCUAAGCUGUGGUGGACCAACCAGAGGCUUCAGGAGAGGAAGGGGUUGACGCCCUUGGAGUCAUGAACAUACCCUGCUGUCCAUGUAACACCAGACAGCUCUGACACACUCCUCCUCAGUGCUCUCUCUACCUCCCCUUUUCCCCCCUUUCCCGAAAACAAAAUCUCUGAACACAUACAGACAGACAGUAUCUCUUGCCACAAAAUUGACUUAGUUUUCCUAAAAAGCUAUAUCUGGAUUCCAAGGACUGGGAUUUCUAUUUGGAAUACGGAGUUUAGUUGAGGGACGGAACAUUGUGUUAAAAUUACCGGAAUUCCCCCUGCCAGUCCACCAUCCUCGUUUUUCCCUGUGAGUCCCAGAGGCACCAACCAAUGGAGAGACGGAGAAGAGAGACAGGAUAAAACAGCAGAGAAAUAGAGCAAAUCCAGAGAGAACUGCUGAAUCGGCAGCGUAGGAAUCUGGAAUUGGGUCCUGUGAGGGUUUUGCUUCUCCCACACUUUCCCCAGCCUAGAGGACUCUCCGUAGCGAGUACCAGACAUAACAACCAUUAUUUACACUUAAAAAACAAACAAAAACCACAACGACAGCUGCAACUACGCUAGGCCGAGCUACGUCCCUGUGUGGAGGAUUUGAACCAAUAGGAAGACGAUAGGGAUUUAGGAUUGGGAUCACAACCAUGACGAGGGGGUUGAGGUUUCCCGCAUGGCCCCUGGCGUUCCUCAGUCUGCUGGUGACGACCCGGGCGCUGGAGUUCGGCGGGGCCCCCGGCCAGUGGGCCCGCUACGGGCGUUGGGAGGCGGGCUCGGUGGGCGAGCUGAGCUUCAGUCUGAAGACCAAUAUCAGCAAGGCCCUGGUGCUCUACCUGGAUGACGGCGGCAACUGCGACUUCAUGGAGCUGCUGAUCGCCGGCGGGCGCCUCCAGCUGCGCUUCGCCAUCCACUGCGCUGAACCCGCCACCUUACACAUGGAAACCCGGGUCAACGACGACCGCUGGCACAUGGUGCUCCUCACACGCAACUUCCGCGAGACCCUGCUCAUGGUGGACGGCGAGACCAAGGUGGCGGAGGUCAAGUCCAAGCGGAAGGAGAUGGCUGUGGUCAGUGACCUGUUUGUGGGCGGCAUCCCGCCUGACGUGCGCCUCUCAGCCCUUACGUCCAGCACGGUGAAGUAUGAGCCCCCAUUCCUGGGCCUGAUCUCCAACCUGAAGGUGGGCGAGAUGCCCCCUACCCUGCUCAACAGCCAGGGCAUCCAGAGUGACCUGGAGUAUCUGUGCACCAAGCAGAACCCCUGCUUCAACGGCGGCUUCUGCUCCAUCCAGUAUGGCGAGGUGCACUGCGACUGCACACACACCCGCUACAAGGGAAAGUACUGCAAGGAAGCAGAAGAGUAUGCUGUCGAAGGUCUGGCGCACCUGACGUUAAGCAACCAAGGUGACUCAUCGCAGGGCGGGAAGGAAGAGUCAGUGGCCACCUUCAAGGGGAACGAGUUCUUCUGCUACGACCUGUCGCUGACGCCCAUCCAGAGCAGCACGGACGAGAUCACGCUCUCCUUCCGCACGCUGCAGCGCAACGGCCUCAUGCUACACACGGGCAAGUCGGCCGACUACGUCAACCUGUCGCUGAAGAGCGGCGCCGUGUGGCUGGUCAUCAACCUGGGCUCGGGCGCCUUCGAGGCACUGGUGGAGCCCGUCAACGGGAAGUUCAACGACAACACCUGGCACGAUGUGCGCGUCACCCGCAACCUGCGUCAGCACGCAGGCAUUGGACACGCUAUGGUAAACAAACUGCAUUAUAUGGUGACCAUAUCAGUGGAUGGUAUUCUGACCACUACUGGUUAUACCCAGGAGGACUAUACCAUGUUGGGCUCAGAUGACUUCUUCUACAUAGGGGGGAGUCCCAAUACUGCAGACCUGCCCGGAUCACCCGUCAGCAACAACUUCAUGGGCUGCCUUAAAGACGUGGUGUACAAGAAUAACGACUUCAAGCUGGAACUCUCCCGGCUAGCCAUCGAGCGGGACCCUAAGAUCAGCCUGAACGGAGAUCUUGUCUUCCGCUGCGAGGAUGUGGCCGCCCUGGACCCCGUCACCUUUGAGUCCCCCGAGUCCUUCAUCGCCCUGCCCAAGUGGAACACCAAGAAAACAGGCUCCAUCUCCUUUGACUUCCGCACCACAGAACCCAGCGGUCUGCUGCUGUUCAGCCACGGGCGCCCCCAGGGUCCUAAAGAGCAGAAGCCGGGUCGAGACAUGAAGUCAGACUACUUUGCUAUGGAGCUGCUGGACGGGUUCCUCUACCUGCUCAUGGACAUGGGGUCGGGGAGUAUCAAGCUGAAGACCAGUAAUAAGAAGGUGAACGACGGGGAGUGGUGCCAUGUGGACUUCCAGAGGGAAGGGAGGAAAGGGUCCAUCUCGGUGAACAGCCGCAGUAUCCCCUUCAACUCCAACGAGGGCAGUGAGAUCCUGGACCUGGACAGCGACAUGUUCCUGGGGGGUCUCCCCGAGACCCGCUCUGACCUGGUGCUGCCCCCCGAGGUCUGGACCGCCUUGCUCAACUACGGCUACGUGGGCUGCGUCCGCGACCUCUUCAUCGAUGGCAAGAGCCGCGACGUGCGCCGCCUGGCCGAGAUCCAGAGCUCCCCGGGCGUUAGCAGCUUCUGCACCCGUGAGCUUCAGAAGAGGUGUAGCAGCACCCCCUGUGGGAACGGAGGCCUGUGUAAAGAGGGAUGGAACCGCUACAUCUGCGACUGCACCGGCACCGGCUACCUGGGCAGCAACUGUGAAAUCGAGGCGACGGUGCUGAGCUACGAUGGCAGCAUGUACCUGAAGAUCAUCAUCCCGGGCACCAUGCACACCGAGGCAGAGGACGUGGCGCUACGGUUCAUGUCCCAACGGGCAUUCGGUCUCCUCGUGGCCACCACCUCCAAAGAGUCCGCCGACACCCUGCGGCUAGAGCUGGACGGUGGCAGGGUCAAGCUGACUGUCAACCUAGAUUGUAUCAGGAUAGACUGUAACCUCAGUAAAGGACCUGAAACGCUCUUCGCUGGCCAGAAGCUCAACGACAACGAGUGGCACAUGGUGAAAGUGGUGCGCCGAGGAAAGAACUUCCAGCUAUCUGUGGACAACGUCACGGUGGAAGGCCAGAUGACGGGUGCCCACACGCGGCUGGAGUUCCACAACAUUGAGACGGGCAUCAUGACCGAGCGUCGCUUCAUCUCCGUGGUGCCCUCCAACUUCAUCGGUCACCUCCAGGGCCUGACGGUCAACGGCAUUCCCUACCUGGACCAGUGCAAGAACGGAGACAUCUCCUACUGCGAACUCAACGCCCGCUUUGGCAUGCGCCACAUCAUCGCCGAUCCGGUGACGUUUCGAACGAAAGCAAGCUAUCUAGCGUUGGCUACUUUGCAGGCCUACGCCUCCAUGCACCUUUUCUUUCAGUUCAAGACCACCACGUCGGACGGCCUGCUGCUCUUCAACUCGGGGGACGGCAGCGACUUCAUCGUUGUGGAGCUGGUCAAAGGCUACGUCCAUUAUGUCUUUGACCUCGGCAACGGCCCGUCGCUGAUGAAGGGCAACUCGGACAAGCCGCUCAACGACAACCAGUGGCACAACGUGGUGGUCUCCCGGGACGCCAACAACGUGCACACGCUCAAGAUCGACUCCCGCACCGUCACCCAGCACUCCAAUGGAGCCCGUAACCUGGACCUCAAAGGGGAGCUGUACAUCGGUGGUGUGGGGAAGAGCAUGUACAACAGCCUGCCCAAGCUGAUCGCGUCCCGGGACGGGUACCAGGGCUGCCUGGCCUCGGUGGACCUCAACGGGAGACUGCCAGACCUGAUCGCAGAUGCCCUCCACAGGGUGGGCCAGGUGGAGCGAGGCUGCGACGGACCUAGCACCACCUGUACGGAGGACUCCUGCUACAAUCAGGGCGUGUGUCUCCAGCAGUGGGAGGGCUUCUCCUGCGACUGCACCAUGACGUCCUAUGGAGGCUCCUUCUGUAGCGACCGUGAGUACAACGACCCCGCGUGUCGCCCACGUCACCGUGCUGGCUCGUGUGUAUGUAUGUCGUGUGAAGGUUGUGUGGUGUAGGGCUUCUGGUGGAUCGCGUUGGCUUGGUUGCGUAGAUGUAGGUGUUUAUUUGUCGUGUUUGGUUUUGUAGUCCAUUUUAGGUCUAAUGUUUUCUUACUCUUUAGCGCUUCCCAUGUGGGCACAUGGAGAGAUUUACGCUUGUUUGUACGAGAGAGAGUUGACAUUCUAUCCAUGUCUCCUACAGGCUAAAUUAAUCUAGAACCGGGACAAAGGGACAAGGUCCAAGGUUAAUAGAGCAGUGGGCCUACUGCUUUGUCAGCUUGUUAAGGAGGGAAGCUCAAAUCCAUAAUCAAUUGACCUCCCUCUCCCUUCAAACCCCAUUUGAACACUCCCUCGUAACUUGCCUAUGACACGUUUGAGGGUAGAAAAAUGUGCCUAGCUGAGGGAGUUGUGUGUUGUUUGUGUAGUCAACGUUCGGUAGAGAGACUAUGAUUGGCUAUGACAGUCAGGCGCUGAUUAGGACCAGGCUGUGGCAGUGGGUUCGCUCCAGGAAGAGAGAGAAAAGGGGGACGAGGCAGAGGAAGAGAGGAGGACAAUAACGUCUGCCUGUGAACGACAGCCACUCUGAGAUAAACAGAGAUCCCAUCCCUAGCUCCUUGAAAGAUAAGAGGGUGAGAGAGGGGAGGAGGGGGGGAGAGGCACGCUGAUGCCUUUGCUCUCCUUGCUCUGCUCAGAGACCGUGGGGGUAUUAGUAAGUUUAAUAAAGCCUGAUUUCUUUAAAGAUUGGAGAGAUAGGCGUGUGUGGCACUGAGCCAGCAUGAGGGCUCGCACUACUUGCUCGAAACGCCCAGAACCGGCCAAGGAGGCUAGUGAGCGUAUGUGUGUGUGUGUGUUUGUGUGUGUGUGUAGAGAGAGAGAUGAGAGAGUGAUCCCUCCAGCAGCCAGCCCUACUGUAGGUCACUUCACAUUUACAAGCAACCAAAAUAUCUCCCAGAGAUCAAGCUCAUUCUAUAGCAAUGGCUACCACAUGACAUAGCACGCAGUAAAACAUUGUUUCAAGUCUAUUCGCCAACCCCCUAACCAAGAGAAUAUCGACGUGACAUUAGUUUGUCUAAUCGUAUCCUCUAAAGUGCUAAGACGGGGCAAGGCAGUGACUGAGGACUGAGGACUAACACUGAGGGAGUCAUUUAGUUCUGAUUAAACCAGUCGUAUGGACUGAAUGUCUAAUGGAAGUCUUCCAUCAAUCGCUUGUUUCCAACUGACACAGAACACAGUCACCAGACCAGUUACCAGACCAGUUACCAGACCAGUUACCAGACCAGUUACCAGACCAGUUACCAGACCAGUUACCAGACCAGUUACCAGACCAGUUACCAGACCACUAGACCUAGCUAAUAACCUUAUCUCUUUGUUCACCGACCAUUGCUUUUUCUGUGAAGGAACAUUUAAAAAAAUUAUGAAGUACAAUACUUAUUUUUCAAGGGCAAGGGAUUUUUUUUCAUCAAAUUUGAUUUUAAGACGUUGUAUAAGUGAUGUCUGCCUCAAUUGACUAAUGGAAGGUCUUUUUCAGGAAUGCUCAGACGCAUUCGUUAAACUGAGAGUAUUAUUGGCUGCUGGCUAGGUCUCCCCUCUCCCCUCACUUUUUAGAAGGUUGAAUAUUUGCAUGCUCUGCCGGGUACCACUGUUGUAUUCCUGUCUGUGUUUCUUCCGUAGCCCCACAAUUAGCGUCUCUUCAUUCUAAAAAGCCGAAGAGUCUUCCUUUACUGCCAUCUUUGAGAAGAGGCAAAUGAAUCUUACUUUCACUUGAACAUACCCGUUCUCAAUGGUGUUCAGGUACCUGCUCUAUCACGUUGUUCUUCCAGCACAGAACUCUAUCCAACCUUGUUGCGACGUUUUGAAGACUUCUAUCCUUCAGCUAUCUUGGCUUAUAUAACACUGUUCUGAAGACUGAAUGUGUCACUUUUCAAGGAAUUUUCCUUCAAGCAUCUGCACCAAUACAAGGUAGGAGUGUGUAUGGGUCGAGCCACUGACGUUCUCCAGCUCUUCGUGCCUGUACAUACCAUUGUGAAUUCCAAAACAGUAGUGGUUUAGAAGUGUACAGUGACUGCUUUGAAGACAUGUUUGGUUUACAAUGGACUCUUAAUAGGGCAUGUUUCUUCUCCUGGACUUGCUUUAUAAUCCAUAUCUCAUUGUUGUAUGUGUCCACAAAUAACUGGCUUGCCAUUGGUUUGAAAAGAAUUUUUUUUUCAGCGAUAACAUGUAUUAUGCUUUUCAAAGACUUAAUUGUUGAACAUUUGCAUAGCUUUUAGGGCAUCUAAAGUUGAUGAUUACUUUAUACACACAUGACAUUCACCCAGGCAUCCUCAGCAGUGCCAUCUCAAGUUAUUUUAGGUGAUUUUAAAGCUGGACACCUGCAGUUACUCCUUUGCUCAAACAGAGCUAGUGUAUGUUUAGUAUUCUACGGUGCGCGCGCGUGUGUGUGUU